AUGACCACGAAUACCGACUAUCAGCAGACGCAUCAUUUAUUACAGAUAUACCUACAGUCACGGAAACAGAGAUGGACAGCACGGACCGACACUAACGAUCUGAGGAAGUUGGGAACUUCCUCAGAGGACGAACUCUUGGCCUCCAGCCAAGAGACGGUUGAUGGCAAAACUGUGGGCCACAGGACGCCAUCAACCUUAAAUCAACCAUUCACAUCCGCUGAUGCCAAUGGGCAAAAGCGCCAAAACGUUAAGAAAGGCCCGUCCAGGUAUAAGCUUUACCAGAGUUCUCUGACUAUUCUCGGAAGAAUAAAAAAAAAUGAGGCUGAAGGGAAAACUCAUCCAAAGGGCGCGGCCGAUAAGGCAAGGUGCCAAAAGGUGAUCGAUGAGUACCUGCCGUUCCAGGCCACCCAGAAGGCAGAAGCCGUGAAACGCAAUCGUUCGCAGGACGAAAGCGACAAACUAACGAAGAAGCACAAAGUGUCAGUUCACACCGCUUCAAUACCAAAACCAACUAAACGCUUAUUUAAUGAGGUGGCACGGGAUCACCUGCAAAUAGCUUUGGUUGAUGAAAUAACUAACCGCGGUAAACCUGCAUCGGAUAAGUGGUCCGAAAUCGAGGCACGGCUGUCCCGUAUUAUCGUCGAUCACACCAUGGCAAACCCGGAGGGGCAUGUGCCAGGAUUUGAUUCAAUGGAGGUGGUCCGCGGAUACAGGGUGAUCAAGUGCGAGGAUCAACUCUCCCUUUACUUCCUGCAAGCAGUUGUGGGCAAGAUCCAGAGCGACUGGGAAGGUUUGAGGCUCAAACUAAUCCCGGCCAGCAAAAUCCCUCGACGGCCGAGGGCUCGCAUUUGGAUUCCGAACAUGGAAUUCGAAGCUAAGCAACUUAUUCCAUGCCUGCAGGCACACAACCGCACUGUUCCGAUGGAUGACUGGAGCAUCAUCAAAGCGGAGGCUCCGCAAAAGAACAGUGUGUCCUUCCUUCUCCAAAUAUCGGAGGAGAGCAUCGAGCCACGGGAAAAGUGGACAAUAAACUUCGGUUCGGCGUCAGGAAAACGAGAUGUGACGGCUGUGGAGGUAGAAGCCGCUGACGGUAUCGGCAUCAUAUUGGCUUCCAUCUACAUGGCACAUGAUCGGCUAGCACCACCCGAGAAAUAA